AUCAAGAAUCGACACGCUUUUUCUCGUGUUUUCUUCGUUUGUUUGUUUUUUGACAAGAAGAUUCGAAUCUUUUUUUUAAAAAUACUUGUUAUCUUUAGACGAUUCAUCUUUAUCAUAAGAAAUCGAUUUCAAUUCGAUAAGUAACAAUCAAAAACAAAAAUGGCCCAAAAUCAAGAGCGUUUUGAUGCCAUAUUAUUGUCGAUGGCACAAGAACAUGAAGGAGGUGUUUUGGAAUUUUUGGAUACAAUAUUUAGCUUUAUGGCAAGAAAAACAGAUUUUUUCAUUGGUGCCGGUGAAGAAAAAGCCCGAAAAACAGUUAUGGAAGCAUUUGAAAAAUGGAAUCAAGAAUCUAAACGUAUUCAUGAAACACAAAUAAAAGAAAAGAUGGAAAAAGAGAAAAAACAUCAAGAACGUUUGGCUGCUAAAAAACGUGAAGAAGAAGAAUUUAUUAAAAAAAUGAAAGACGAACCGGCUAUUGUUGAAAUUACCGAUGAAGAAGCCGAAAAGAUGAAAGAAGAAAAACGUAAAAAACAAGAAUCAAGUGAUGGCGACAAAACAAACAAAGAAAAAACUAAUGAUGACAGCCCUGUUGCUAAAACGAACGACGAUGAUGAUGAUGAUCCAAAUAAAUUGAAACCUAAUGCUGGAAAUGGCUGUGAUUUACCCAAUUAUUCGUGGACACAAACAUUGGAUGAAAUUGAAUUGAAAGUUCCUGUUCGAUUGGGUAUCAAACUUAAAUCUCGUGAUGUUGUUGUAAAUUUUCAAAAGAAACAUUUACAAGUUGGUGUUAAAGGCCAUCCAUUAAUUAUCGAUGGUGAUCUAUAUAAUGAGAUAAAAGUUGAAGAUUGUAUUUGGGUGAUUCAAGAUUCAGUUUUGAUCGUUAUUACAUUGACUAAACAUAACAAAAUGGAAUGGUGGAGCAAAUUAGUGACAACCGAUCCUGAAUUGAAUACAAGAAAAAUCAAUCCCGAAUCAUCGAAAUUAUCCGAUCUGGAUGGUGAAACACGUAGCAUGGUGGAAAAAAUGAUGUUCGAUCAACGACAAAAAGAGAUGGGUUUACCAACAUCUGAAGAACAACAGAAACAGGAUAUGUUGAAGAAAUUUAUGGCUCAACAUCCAGAAAUGGAUUUCAGUAAAUGUAAAUUCGGUUGAUUGAUUCCAGUUUGGCCUUGGUAAACAAAAA